AUGCGGUCCUACUUCCAGAAGCUCGAGAGGAACAUGUACCUGCCCUCGAGCAUCGUCGGCCACGGCUACAGCGGCUGGCUCGGCACCUCGCUGACGUCCCUGUCGCUCGUCGUCGAGGACCAGAAGCUGCUGUCGCUCAUCGUCGCGGCGGCCUCGGCCAUGGGGAAGAGCCUUCUCGGCUUCCUGCUCAACACCGUGGCCGGGCUCGGCCAGGUCCUGCUUCGGGACAUCAACGCGCCGGGCCAGACGAGCGAGACCGGACUUUACCAGGUCCCGCUGGCCAUGACCGACUCCAUCCGCGGCGGCCCCAGAGACUUGAUCUUGGACACGGCCAACGCGGUCAACUCGGACGGAUCACGCAAAUAUCACCUCGACAUCAAGCUAGAUACUCUCGUCACCAAGAUCCGCUUCGAUGAGAGCGGCGACAAGCCCCGCGCUGUUGGAGUCGACUUCCUGGAGGGAUCCAGCCUCUACCGCGCCGACCCCCGUUCCGGCUCGGCCUCCCCCUCGGGGUCCGGCAGCGUCGACGCCAAGCGCGAGGUCAUCAUCUCAGCCGGCGCCUUCAACACGCCCCAGCUGCUCAAGCUCAGCGGCAUCGGCCCCAAGGCGGAGCUCGAGUCGUUCGACAUCCCCGUCCUGGUCGACCUCCCCGGCGUCGGGACCAACAUGCAGGACCGCUACGAGGCCACGGUGAUCGGUAAGACGACGAGCGACUUCGUCAUCACCAGCAAGUGCACCUUCUUGGAGACGUCCCCGGACCCUUGCCUCGAGCAGUACCAGCAGGGCCUCGAGCCCGUGUCCAAGGGCGUCUACGCCACCAACGGCAUCGCCAUCGCCAUCGUGCUCAAGUCCUCCGUCGCCGAGGACGAGCCCGACCUCUUCGUCUCGGGCGCGCCGGCCAAGUUCAAGGGCUACUUCCCGGGCUACGCCUCCGACUCGCUCGCCGACGCGCAGCACUGGGCCUGGAUCGUCCUCAAGGCGCACAGCCGCAACAACGCCGGCACCGUCACCCUCCGGUCGGCCGACCCCAGGGACAUGCCCGCCAUCGACUUCAACUACUACGACGCGGGCGUCAACGGCGCCGGCGAGGCCGACAAGGACCUGCAGGCCACGUACGAGGGGUUCGACUUCUCCCGCCGGGCGUUCGACAGCCUCCUCCCGCUCGACGGGAGCUUCCCCGAGGUCUGGCCCGGCGGCAACGUCACCAGCGAGGAGGACGCCAAGCAGUUCCUCAAGGACGAGGCGUGGGGCCAUCACGCGUCUUGCACCUGUCCCAUCGGGCCCGACGACGACCCCAUGGCCGUUCUCGACUCGAGCUUCAAGGUCCGCGGCACCGAGGGUCUGAGGGUCGUCGACGCCAGCGUGUUCCCCAAGAUCCCCGGCUUCUACAUCGCUCUGCCGCUGUACAUCGUGUCGGAGAAGGCGAGCGAUGUCAUCAUCCAGGAGGCUCAGGCGUCGGCUGCCUGA